GCAAAAAAAUGACGUGAAUGACUGAGAGUGAAGUAAAAAAUAGAAAAGUGUCUAUUAAUAUUUUUAAUAUAGAUAAUAAAAUAUUUCUUACGAGAAAGAUAAAAUUUUAUUCUUUGGUAAAAAUUGUUUAAAUUAAUCUUGGACUUGAAAACUAAUCUUCCCCAUUUCUACUACAAUUUUCAAACUGUUCCAAAUUUAUACAAGAAUUAUAUUUUAUGUGAAUAAUCGUAAUAACAGAGGUGAAAUUUUGAUUUUGAUUUUAGUUUUGUUUUAUUUAUACAAAUAGAAAUGUGGUCGUUGGGUGUAUUUUUAUUGCUAAUUUUAAUUAUACGAGUACAAUCGGAUGAGUAUUGUUCGUUGAAUUCUGAAAAAUGUGAACAAACACAUAAUAAAUAUUCUGAAGCUUCCAAUAAAUAUGGAAAAUACUUGAGAGCCAUUGAGAUUGCCGAAGAAAAUUACGUCGAGUGUACAAAGAAAUGUGGAUGUUAUCAAAAUAUAAUUGAAGAACAAUUAGCACCUUUCGAGAAAAAGGGAAUUGAUGAAAAAUUAAUUGAAAGCGCAAGAGAUCGAGGAGUGCUGUAUCAAAUGAUUGAUGGUCAUCUUUAUCGAGAAAAAGAUUGCAUGUUUCCUUCUAGAUGCGCGGGAGUGGAGUAUUUUCUCUUAAAAAUUAUUAACAAUGUCUCAGAUGCAGAAGUGCUUAUCAAUACUCGCGAUUAUCCUCAAUCGAGUAAACAUUUCGGAAGUCCACUACCUGUAUUCUCCUUCAGUAAAACUUCGCAUUAUUUCGAUAUAAUGUAUCCCGCCUGGUCCUUUUGGGAAGGUGGACCAGCAAUUUCCCUCUAUCCUCGAGGACUCGGUAGAUGGGAUCAACAUCGAAUUUCUCUGAAUGAUGCCAAUUUGAAAACGCCAUGGGAACGUAAAAAAGAAAUGGCAUUUUUUCGUGGCUCGAGAACAAGUUCAGAGCGCGAUAAUUUAAUUCUUUUGAGUCGUGACAAACCGAAUCUUGUCGAUGCGCAAUAUACCAAAAAUCAAGCAUGGAAAUCUAAAGCUGAUACGUUGAAUUUACCACCGGCCGGAGAAGUUUCUUUAGAAUCGCACUGUGCCUAUAAAUACUUAUUUAAUUAUCGCGGAGUUGCUGCUUCUUUUAGACACAAACACUUGUUUCUUUGUGGUUCGUUGGUUUUUCAUGUAGGCGACGAGUGGCUUGAAUUUUAUUACGACUCCAUGAAGCCAUGGAUUCACUAUAUUCCAGUUUCGAAAGAUGCCAGUCAAUCCGAAAUCGAAGAAUUGAUUCAGUUUGCGAAAGAUAACGACGAGAUAUCGAGAAAGAUCGCCAAUCGUGGAAGAGACUUUAUCUGGGAGAAACUACGAAUGACUGACGUUACUUGUUACUGGAGAAGAUUGUUUAAAAGGUACAUCAAACUUUUAACUUUUCAACCAACUUUGAAACAAGAUCUUAUUGAAAUACAUAAAAAAUAAAUUACAAUUUAGACUAUAAAUAAAAAAAAAUUGUGAUACAAUAUUUACAUAUACUAUUUUUACAUUUUAAUUGAAAUAAAAGAUUUUCGUUAAAAAAAA